GCGGCCGCCAUGUUAGGACAACUGUUUACAAAACACAAAACCCGAUGGACCGAGACAAACUGAAGAGCGAUAUUCUUUACCGCGACAAACUGAACAAAGAUGCUAAACAGCGUUAUUGCGAAAAAAUCGGAGCUAUUGGUCGAUCUCGAGGCGGUACCACAGCUAACAUUUCCUGACAUUAGUUACGUUUGUGGAGUGAGUGCCUACACAUGUGAGCAGUUCUGAAAUUCUAAAUCUCUGGAAGCACAUCACCUGUUCACARACGGAUGGGUGCAGGACCUGCAGAUCUUUAGAGUCAACGACCACAAAACUGUUGUUCUCACGAAGGUUUUGCACUCACACCAUAUAAAUAAGCCACCACUCCGGCCAUGGGUGAUACUCAGUUCCACGGGGCAAGUGGACUGUGCACACUGCACACGCGUGGCUGGGAUUGCUGAGUUGUGCACACAUGUUGGGGCUCUCGUGUUCAAAAUAGAGGCUGCUGUGCAGAUACGGGGGACCAAAACAGUCACCAAUGCCCCUGCAUAUUGGAUGAUGCCUGCAAUAGUGAACAAGGUUCAGUCAGAGGUGGCUCACAAGAUUGACUUCACCACUGAUGCAGCAAAGAAGAAAGCCUUGGACCAGUGCAUAAGAGGAGAAAAGAAAAUCCUGGGCAUACGUACACGAGUUGAUGACAAAACCAUGUGUGUGCAUAAACCCACACUUUCAGACUUGUCUCCCCUACUGCAGGUUUUGCACAAACACAGCAAGGCCGUAUGUCUGUCUGGAAUGGAGGGCUACUGCCACCAUUAUACAGACCCUAUGAAGCCCCCACAAACUGAUGUGGCAUGGUGCGUUGUAAACAAUGUCUCUGGCCAGUGCACCAAAGGACUGAGGUGUGUAAACAUUACACCGAGAGUACUUUGAAAUGUGGUGGACAAAGUCUUUCUGUCAAGGCUGAAGAGGUGUGGAGCAUCCUAAAAGCAUCUCUUGUAUCGAUGGAGACACCAGAGCCAGGGCCAGCUGAUGGAGAGGAGCGUCCAGUAGAGCUGCGACCUCGGACCCGCUCCAACCCCGAAGGUGCCGAGGACCGUCGAGGCAGCACAGGCAGCCUCGGAGGCAACAAUAACCCAAACAUUUCUCAGCCUGCCGUGGGCAGUCGUGUGGAGGGGGAGGGCGAGGCUUCAACCAGCGACAGCCCUCCGAGCUCCAUCACCACCACGGUGUCGGUGACAGCGGCUCAGACUGUAGCUCCUGCUGUGGUUCCUGCUGCUGCUGCUGGUGCAGGAGCCGCAGCCAACACCACCGUACAGCUAUCCUCCGCCGCUGCGUCGGCUAAAGAAAGACCAAAGCCCGCACAGCCCACGCUCACAUCUGUUCCCACACCAGCAGAGUACCAGAUCAGAGUUCCCCGUGUCAACUGCCCAGAAAAAGUGAUUAUCUGCUUGGAUCUGUCUGAAGAAAUGUCCUUACCGAAGUUGGAGUCUUUUAACGGAUCUAAAACAAAUGCUCUUAACAUAUCCCAGAAGAUGAUUGAAAUGUUUGUGAGAACAAAGCACAAGAUUGACAAACGGCACGAGUUUGCUUUGGUGAUCAUCAACGAUGAUGCCUUGUGGCUGUCAGGUUUCACAUCUGAUCCCAGGGAGCUGUGUAGCUGUCUGUAUGACCUGGAAACUAAUGUGUGCGAGUCGUUCAACCUGGAAGAUCUCCUUAAUGUUAUUCGUCAGAAGAUCGAGCUGCCGUUGAUGGAGAACGUUCAGACCAUCCCUCCUCCGUUUGUGGUGCGCACUGUGCUCAUCUACAGCCGCCAUGCUGGACCUCUGCAGUUCAGCCCCUCUGAGGCUGUUAGUAAAAUGCUGCAAUCUCCUUAUUUUUUCUUCGAUGUGAUUUAUUUACACAACGGGUUGGAGGAGCAAGGAGAUGAAACCAGCUGGAGGGACAACUACUCUUCUUUCUGUAACUUGGACUCGAAGGGAAUGUGUUACCGCUUCGAGGUCUCCCUGAGCGGACCCGCCAUCGAGCUGCACAACUGCAUGGCCAAACUGUUAGCUCAUCCUUUACAGAGGCCUUUCCAGAGUCACGCCUCGUACAGCCUGCUGGAGGGGGACGACCCCGAGGACACAGUGGCAAUGGUUUAAAUGGUUUAAAAGGACACACGGACAAAGCCUUGUAUUCUCUGCGACGUCCACACGCGCUGCGGUUUUACUGACAAAAUACACAUUUUUACUUUUCUGUUACUGAUUUGAGAACUCUUUUGCUAAAAACAAUCCUGGUUAUCUUCAGCGAUUUGAUUGGGAAUGUAAAAAAAAAAAAAAUCCAGUUUUCUGCAAAAUAACGAUCUCUGCUGAUACUGAUGGAAAAUUAUAAACCAAUCUGAUGUUUGUUAGUUUCAACAUAGGAAAUCAAACAAAUUAUAUCUUAAUUGCUUCAUUUUUCCUACAGACUUUUUGACAACUUUAUUGUAAUGUACUGUAUCUCCAAGAUAACUAUGAUUUUUAUCUUUUAUUUUCCAGUUCAUCCUCCUGUUUUUGCCUGUUUUAAUUCGUUUUCUGUUAAUUUAGAGGUUGUUGUUUUUUAGUUCCAGGGUUUUGUUGAUUGUUGUUUCAUUGCACCUGGAACACAUUGUACAGACAAAAUGUUUAAAAAUGUGUUUUGGGUAUUAAAAGAACACGUUUAUUCAUAUUUUUCAUGUUCCUAUUAUUUGUGGAUGUGUUGAAUUAUGUUGCACUUUGAAGGUUUGUCAGAAGAUGGCAGCAAAUCCUCAAUAAAUACAACUGAACCCAAAAGACAAA